AAUUUGAAAAAAAUUAAAAUUCGAUUCGUUUUUUUUCGGGGGGAAAAAAUAAUAUCUAUAAAUUUCAACCAAAAAAUCGGAGCCGAUGGAGAGAAACGAACCGAACUCCUGCCAAAACCCCCGGCCCUUUGAGAGAAAAAAAGCAGGCGAGAGACGGUGAUAAGGAGAUUAAAAUCUCCCCCCUCCUCCCCCCUCACAGGCUGGCAGGAUUGUUAUAGGAGAGCGGCGGAAAAUAUAGUCUCCCCGGUGAAUCGGACGGCGAGGGCCGAGCCGCCUCACCGCGCUCCGGCUAGCCUGCGAUCAGCGGGCUCUGGUGUCGGCGAAAGCCUUGCGCUCUCCCUCUCCCCGGCGCUCUUCCUCCUCCUCCCUGUCUCUUGUUUAAUUCCCGUCGUGGCCGGCGAUGGCUCGGGCUCCGGCGCCCGACUCUCCGGAGAUGAGAAAGAAGAAACUGUAAAAGAACAUACAGCAAUCCUGUAUAUAGAUAUAUAUUUAAAAAAUAUAAGGAUUGAUUCACCUCCGGAGUUCUCCCUCCGACCUUUUUGUUGUUUUAUUAUUUAUUUGGGGGAGUUUUUUCUUGUGUGUGAGAGGGAUUAUUAUGGCCAAAACUCCGAGUAAAAGCGGCGGCUUGAGGACUGGCAGGAGUUUCAUGGAUGAGCUGCGGCACUUUCACAGGAGUAAAGGGACAUCCUUUAGAAAGAUCCCGAUCAUCGGAGGGAGAGAGUUGGAUUUGAGUGCUUUAUACAGCAGAGUUACUUCACUCGGGGGAUUCGCCAAGGUAACAGAUAAAGGUCUCUGGGCAGACCUUUUGGAGGAGUUCAACUUUCCAAAAGGUUGCGCCAAUGCAGCUUUUGCUUUGAAGCAGUACUACCUGAGGUACCUGGAGAGUUAUGAAAAGUUGCAUCACUUUGGUGAGGAUGAAGAAGUACUCACACCAACUAAUUCUCGACCACAAGCUGUUGUCUCUGGGGUUCAUUUGUUUUAUAAUCGUCAUCAGCACAUUAUCCCAGAAAGUGUACGUCGUGGUUAUGGCCUGUUUACAGAAUUUACCACGAUCAGUGACUAUAAUAAAGUGGUGCUCUCUUUACUCUCCGGACUUCCCAAUGAGGUGGACUUUGCAAUUAACGUUUGUACAUUAAUGUCACAUGGAAACCAACAAAUUCUGCAAAUGGAAAAAGACCCAAAGGUUGUUACACUUCUUCUUGCACAUGCUGGGAUUUUUGACGAUAGUCCAGGAAACUAUUUAAAUGUAUAUGAAUCAGAAUGGAAAAUAAAGUCUGGAAGAGACUUCAUAAAGUUUUGGAAAGAUACAGUUGAAGACCAUGAAGUGCGGGAGCUUAUCGGAGAUAAAAAUCACAAAUCUAAAGAAGCUGCUAGCGAUGAUGGAUGGGACUCUGUCUUGUUCCAUCCUCCACAGAAAUUGGGUAUUAAUGACCUGGAAGGACAAAGGGUGCUGCAGAUAGCUGUUAUUAUCCACAAUUUGUCCAUGGAAGAAGGGAACGCCAAGUUAUUAGCUAACCGAACGUGCCUGAGGUUUCUGCUGCUAUGUGCUCACAGUAAACACGUAUCACUUAAGCAAAUGGGAUUGGAUACACUGGGAAAUGUAAUGGCAGAGCUGCAAUUGGAUCCCAUAGACUUCCAGAGUACCCAGGUGAUUUUUCACACCAUUACAAAAUGCCUUCACUCUUCAGACAAAUGGUUUCGAAUUCGAGGUAUGGAGAUCUUGGCUAAACUUUGCAAAAUUGAAGAGAAUGUAGAUAUUAUCUGUGAAUGUGUGGAACAGGAAUCCUAUCGUGAGAUUGUGAACCAUUUAUCUCUCCAAGAUAUAUUGCUAUUACUUGCUAGUUUGGAAGCCCUGUAUAUGCUAUCAAGUCUGGGAGAGAUGACCUGCACCAAAAUCAUCAAAGUGGAAAGAAGUAUUGAUCAGCUUGUUUGCCUGGUGUCUGUGGAUAUACAGAACUUUCCUCCUGAUGCAGUAGCAGCAGUCAAAGUAGUUGAACAACAGAGCACUCCUCGACCAGCAUCCGAGACCAGUUGGUCAGUUACAACAGACAAUGUUUCAAACCACAAUGCCCCUGCAACAGCACCAAGACCUGUUGCAGUCCCUUCUGUUGGCCUCUUGGAAUUAGACAGUGAGACUUUUACAUGCCAGUGGUUGAAAGCCAACUUUGAAGAAAGUGCAGAUAGUUCAAUCUAUCGAGUAGACCUGUAUUCUGAGUACCUCUCACUGUGCAGUAAACUUGGAAGUGGUGCCAUUCUGACAUCUACAGGGUUCACUAAAUGUCUCCGGUUGACUUUUCCGAAUCAUACAAUAAAGAAGAUAGAAGAUGCUGGUGCUAAUGGUCAGUCACAGUUUCACGUGGUUGGGAUCAAACGUAGAGCAGUACCUCUACCUAUUGGAGCAUUUCAUCAAGAGCAGCAAAUGCUAAACCAUUCCUCAGUCACGAUGAAAACUGGCUCUACUUCCAGUACGACACUGAAUUCCACUGCUAUUGGUACUGCUGCUCCUCCUGUCCAAAGCCCUUCUGCUCCGAUGCACAGAACCCUUGUAUCUACCUUUUCUACAAGUCAACCAGUCACACAAAUCCUCUACACAACUCAGACCCAGAACGUUACCCAGCUGCCUCCUGUGAUAAGUACACCUGUCCAGCAGCAUCAGUACUGUACUAUUGCAAACAGUAGAGGAAUACAACCUAAUACUCUACUAACAUCUGCUGUUCAUCCAAAUUUUCAUUCUGGAAUAACCACAGCGGUUUCUGGAAAUGCUGUAGUUCAAGUGGCAGCAACCAAAGUUACUACUGCAGUGCAGCUGCCCACCAUGACCACUUCUGUUCAUCUUCCUCAGGUUGCAGUUGCUCACCAAUCCCUCACUGGACAGCAGCAUGCCUGUUCAACCUCGACAGUUUCUGUUCUCCAUCAGACACUGCCUAAUUCACAAUUAGCUUCAAGAACACAACCCAUUACAAGUGCUGCCUUAUUCUCCCAAGGACCGCUGAUCCAACCUUCUACCGCCCAACCUGUGCAAGUGCAUCUUCAAUACACAGCAGCUCCCACCACUGUUGUAUCUGCUGCUGCACUUCAGCUACCAAGCAAUCAGACUUUUACCAUAGCAGGCAGCCAAAACUCUGUCUCUUCACAGACAUUUCAAAACAUUAGUCCAACGCCAUUAACUAUUGUCAGCAAUUCCACCCAGCUUCAACAACAACAACAACCCCAGCAAAGUGUCCAAGUGAUAGUAGGACAUCAAGGCCAAGUUUACCCUGCCAGUUUUCAUCAGAUUGUUCUAACAAAUCAGGGUGGAAUGUCAUCUGCCCAAAUGCCACCAUCCUCCAUAGUGAACCCCAGUACUUGUGGACAAAUGGUUUCUGUCCAGCAGCCUCCAAUUCAAGUCCAUGUUCAGCAGCCUUCCAUGGGAGGUCCACAAGCUAAUACUGGUGAAACCAGUGUAAUUAAACAGCUGCUACUUCCUAAACCACCACCUCAUUCACAAGCUGGCAAGCUCCUACUUCCAGUCCCACAAGUAUCACCUUCUGUUACCAGGGCUCAAAGUCCUCAGAUAGUUUAUCAAAUGAUGACCAACACAGUACCAAGUGUUCAACCCCAAUCUCAGCAGCUGGUUGUGAGCCAACCAAACUUGCAAAUCUUACAGCCACAUGGAGGCCUACAGACUGUGCAAAUUAUCCCUGGCCAGUUCAUUUCUACCACCAGCCCAAGCACCAUUCUCCAGGGACCGCCUCUCAAUCAACAAGUCACAGUCACUGUCGUACCAAAUACUAAUUUAACCAAUACAGAUGUGAACCAAGUAAAUACAAGUUCAGCAAACAGUCUUUCUGGAGAUCUUGGUGAAAAGUUAGUCACCAGUACUCAACCUAUCCAGUCGUCCUGUGUCUCAAUCAACCAAAGCAACUCAACGGUAGAUGAGUUUGAAGGAGAGAAAAAAGUUUGUCAGAAAACUGAAGAUGUUACAAAAAUGUUUAGUUCACAAUCUCUAGAACAAACUUUUGGACAGAUUGAAAAUGCUUUUGUGGCUAAUGCUUACAAUUCGAGCAAUGGACACAUAAAUGGAAAACUUGAUCAGACUGGAAAACUGCUUAACGGGGAAAGUAAGAAGGAGAGCCCCAGCUCAGGGAUGAAUCAUUGUAAUUUUGUGGAGAGCACACCAGGUUUGCCAGAAUCAAAAGCUAGUAGCGAGACAAACUUGACGAAUGGAGAUCCAAUUUUAGGGAAAGCUGGUGCAGUAGAAGUUAAAAAUGCAUUAAAAAGGCCUAUGAUCAAUGGGGAUUCUGAUUUUGCAAAAGGUGAUCGUUCACACAUAGGAAAGGACGUUCCCAGUGAGAAGUCAGUUGGGUCUAACCACUUAGGGAAUGGGGAAAUUCUUAACCAGGAACAACAGGAUAUCAAGUGUCAUCUGGACGGUGAGACUAGUCAACCGGGCAAAAUGUGCAAUGGACCUUCUUCAGUUUCCAGUUUGAAAGUGCAUGGACACACUACAGUAAUAGUACCAAAUCCUACGGUUCAAUCACACAGGAACUCAUUAUUAACUACUGGAACUUCAGCAGUCACUUUUAAUGUAACCAUGCCUCAGCCUCAUCAUAACGGCAAUGUGCUUGUACAGUCCAAUCCUACAGAGUCUUCUCAAGUGAUCUCCUGUCAGAACAGCAGUACAGUCUCUGCUUCAAAGCUUUCUACCUGUGAAGGUCAGCCAUCUCGCCAAGCAAUUAAGAGGCCUGGUGAAGACACGACUGGUGUUUCCAUGGCAGGUAUCCCAAAUAAAGUAGGGGUGAGAAUCAUGACUGUUAGUGACCCUACAAAAGCUGGUAGCAACACCAUGAUGGUGGCUGUUCCUGCUGGAGCCACCAUUAAUACAGCAACAAUAGCAGGAGUUCCUAAAGUGGGUUCUCCUGCUCCAGUGUCCAUUCAGCAGACAAUGACCCAGCACCCACAGUCGCAGAUUUCCCCUGCAGUGGAACAGUUUACAGGGUCCCAGACCUCUGAGGUUUCGGUCUCCUCUACGGAAACGGAGUCUGUCAAGAAAACUAGCCAGAGUUUUAUGUGUUUGUGGAAAGGCUGCAAGAGGUGGUUUGAGGCACCCUCGCAGGUGUUUUACCAUGCAGCCACGGAGCAUGGAGGAAAGGAUGUGUAUCAUGGUCAAUGUCUGUGGGCAGGCUGUGAGCCACUCCCUCGGCAAAGACUGUCAUUUAUUACACAUUUGCAGGACAAACACUGUUCAAGGGAGACUUUGCUCAAUGGACUGAAGAGGUUGGAGCAGAAAGCACAAAUGAGUAAUGCACAAGGUGCAAUAAGGCAGUCUCCAUCAGAGAUUACAUCUCCGACACCUAAGACUCACAAGGCCUUGGCUAACCAUCCCAGUGCUGCCCUAAUGGCUCUAAGGAAAGGCUCCCGCAACCUUAUUUUUAGGAAUUACUUGGAUGAGAAGGAAGGGCCGAUUGUGAAGCACAUUCGUUUGACCUCUGCCUUAAUCUUGAAGAAUGUCGCAAGAUACUCUGAACUUGGGCGAAUGUUGCUGAAGCGGCAUGAGAACCACCUCUCUGUACUGGCCAUCAGUGGUAUGGAGGCUUCCACUGCACUUGCUAAAUGCCUUUAUGAACUAAACUCGCAAGAACAAUCAGAGCCAACAGAAAACAAACGCUGACAAGGAUUGGACACCAUAAAAAUCCAGCAACAGUAAUCAAGGGCCAAAGGAGGAAAUGUAAUUAUUGUGCAGAUGAAGAACUGGAACCUUGCUGUCUACGUUUUGUACCCGUUUACUAUAACAUGAAGUUAAAAGGACUGAUCUUUUUAAAUUAUUGGUUUUGCAGGAAAGUCCCUGUUUUGCCAGAAAACAGAGCCUCCUGCAUCACCUUAAACUCUCAUCUCGCUCUAGAUGUUUCCGUCAGAAUGGAAGGUUUUAUGACACCUGAAGAUGUGAUCAGUCUAAAAUGAGAACAGUAGCCUGAUCACAUGCAUGCACGCACACACAUCAAAGAACCUGGACAGAAAAACUGCUGGGUACUGUCUCCAGGCAACUGUAAAACUGUGCAGUCAGUCUAGGCACCUGCAACCUGCCUCUGGGAGCCUACAACUCGACUUGCUAUUCUUCCUAUGAGAGAUUUGAAAGCAAAAUGCCCAAGAAUGUUUGUCCAUAUAUUUAUAAAAAAUCUCAUUUAUAUUUCAUUUCUUUGUACUUUUUCAAAAUGUUACAAAUUUAUCGCUCUUAAGAGCAUCAACCUCUAGUAUUCCUACUUUGUAGGUUUCACUUGCCCUGAAAUCCUGCACGAAGCCCAUUGGCUGCUGGUCACAACUUGUGCCAAGAGCUACGGUCCCUUAGCUUUCUUCCAGGGUAGAAUUUCGUACAUUGAGAUGUCUGGAUACAGCUUUGCGUUUAAUGUUUACGGUUUUAAAAACUGCAAACUGCACAACACUUGAAGUUUUCCCACUCUGUCCCCUAUUUGAAGUGGAGCAUUUCCGAUUAUUUAUUGUCUAUAACUACCACAGAUUUGAUGUCCCCAUUUCAAUCUUGUAAAUAUUUGUGAAUAUCAAAGAUGCCUACAUACCAUCGCAGGAGUAUGAAGGGUGGAGGAGUGCAACAUUGCGAGUAGUGAAAUCUGGGUGAGCGCUCGGAUAGAACCUGAAACAGCCACAGGUCAGAGACAUGAGGUGUCUUUCAUCCGUACCAAGUGGCAUUUUAUCAGUUGCAGUGUGAACUUUGUGCCACUAGAUGUCACCAGCAUUCUUUUUUAAAAAAAAUGCAACACUGAAACAAUAACAAGUUUACCUGAUGCAGGUAACCUGAGAGUGCAGCAAAUUUCCCACUGCAGUCGAUUCUAGUUAUUUGGGACACCAGGGUGAUAUUUAAAUCUUCCUAUUUAUCAAAAAUAUUUUGCUUCAAAAGGGACAAUCAGUACAGAUCGAACUGCACGGAAUCGAUUGGUGCUUGAGGAAAAUAUUACAUAUGAAAAUUUGCACCCAUUAACCCUUGUCCCUAUUAAUGGCAUGAAUUUCAUUUUGUCUUGAUGGCACCUUUUUUUAUUUUCUUUGGUCAACUUGCAUUCAUUGCACCUCUGUCUAAUAUGAAGAGCAAGCGCCCACCUAGAAUCAAAGGAUCUAAGUUUUUGUAUGUUACCUGCCAUAUGUAUGUAAAAGCAUAUACAUAAGACACUGCAGACAGUGUGGAACUUUGUACAUAACUUCACAAAGGUACUGAUGCUGUAUAAUAAGAUUGGCACAGUUUUGUGCAGCUGUGGUUUUUGUAUUAUACACCAUGUAAAGCUUUUGCUUGUUAUGAAAUAAUAUAUCACAUCAUUUUUCUAUAAAAGGUAAAAAUUCCAAAAGAAUUUUAAAAAAAGAUCUGUUAUAGCAUUUUUCCUGAGAUUAGGGCCCAUUUUAGAAAACCUUUAGUCGCAGCACAACCUUCAGAACUUGUAUAGGAUUUUUUUUUUAAUUUGUAAAUGUAUUUAAAUACAUGAUGUUUUAUACAGCUUUAUUUUCACCUGUUAUAUUUGUAAUUUGUGUAGGUGUGAUAGUUCCCUUGUUAUUCCUUCGUUCUGUUUUUUACCCGUGACAUAUUAAAGUGUUUUUUAGUGUACAGUAUAGUGCCUCCGCUUUUGGUACAACGUGACUUUCCUGCCUAUGGCCGGUUUGUGUUCCCUUGGUUUCUUUGUGUGCCUCACCACUGAUGAUCCUGGAAUGGUUGAGUAAAGAGGGAAUACGUCAUAAUUAAAACACACUACUCAUAGGAUUUCAUUUUGCUCAACAGAUUAAAUCAGUGAGGAUCAGACAUUCACAGACCAGCAGUCUCCUGAGCUUGACAGUGUUGAUCAAAGUUAGCUGAUCUCAUCCUCUUAGUGGUCGGGGUUGCAAAUAGCCUUGGCACCCCUGAGCAAGUGAAAUUAGUUAUGUUCCCACUCCAAUAACUACUUAGCAGCAUCUUCCAGAAGCGCAUGUGAAAGAUGUUGAGGACCACAUCAUACUCAGCUACCUUCCCAAAUAUGAGUUUGCAAAAAUUCUGUCUGGCCUAGGCUUGAGAGAGGUACCUUCCAGAACUAAAUCCCGACAAUGACUUGAAUGCCAUUUGGAAUGUGGGGUGGUGGAGGGGAGGAGGAGGAGGACGAGGAGAAACAGUAGGAAAGGGGGAGCAUUCCUUGAUUACAGGGCAAUCUCACAGUUAUUAAUUCUCCAGAAAGAGCAUCACUGUGCAGUGCACACUGCAGAAACCAAAAUAUUCUGAAUAAACCCAUCUUUGCUUUAAAGCUUUGGAAUUUUUGGAAGGCACUUAGCCAGUCUUGAGGUUUGGUCAACUUUUCACAAACUGCUUGAGAUUUACUCAUUCAGUUUAUGAGCAACAUCUGAAGCCAUUGAUUAGAUUGCCAUGUUGUAAACUGUCCCAGAUGUCCAUUAUUCUUUGUGUAAUUGCAAGUAUAUACAAAUAAUUUAGUAUCUCCUAGUACGUUCAGCAGAACAUUCACCAAACUGCAAUGCAAAAAAAAAGUUUUUUUAAAGAAUGUAUUUUAAGAUGUAUGUGCAGUACUGUUUUUUGUGCACUGUAUGACCCAAGUUCUGUUUUACAGUAAAAGUAUAAAAUAUGGAA